UGGGGCUUGCGAUUUCUCCGCACUAUUGGGGCAUGUUUCGCUCACCAUUCACACAUUUAUCCAUCACAGAGAUGCUACCACCAUCUGGAGGUGUGAUUGUGUUGUGUGGUGCCCAAACUUCUAGUCAGUUUAGCGGUAUUCGCGGUCGCGGUAACAAUUGUUGCGUGGCCCCCUUUUGCAGUAAACUAGCGGUGUCUGGCAUCUGUACUCUCCACCCUUCGUUCCAUUUUACGGCGAGAGUUGUAUCAUUACAGUGUUGAACUUGGGCCAAAAUGGAUAGCAACAGUCCCCCAGCCACGUCUCUCAACAAUUUUCGUCUGUUGUAUCUGAUUACCCAGAUGGUGGGUAUAACCCUAAUCAUUCUGGUGAGUUCCUGGGUUGGAGUACAUCUGAACGGUUUGGCAUGGACCUCCAGACCAUCGGUACAAUUCAACUGGCAUCCUCUGCUGAUGACAAUGGGAAUGAUCUUCCUAUAUGGAAACUCAAUUUUAGUGUAUCGAGGAUUCCGAUAUGCCCGUAAAAAGCCCCUAAAAAUUACUCACGCCCUCAUACAUGCGAUGGCUUUUAUCUUCACUGUGAUCGCUCUAGUCGCCGCAUUCGAUUCACAUAAUCUGGCCAGGCCACCGAUACCAAAUAUGUAUACAUUGCACUCGUGGGUCGGGAUGUCUGCUGUCAUCAUAUUCUCGCUACAAUAUGUAUUCGGGUUUGCCUCUUAUCUAUUCCCCGGAGUUCGUGAUCAAUUACGUGCAACAUAUAUGCCGGUCCAUGUGUUCUUCGGAGUGUUGGGAUUUGUCCUCGCAAUCGCCGCAUCGCUGCUUGGUCUGCUCGAGAAGGCAAUCUUCUCUAUCAAAGAUUAUCGCGAGCUUUCGGCACAAGCCGUCUUGGUGAACAUGAUUGGAUUACUAUUGAUCGUAUAUGGCGGUCUGGUGGUGUUCCUGGUAACUGAGCCUAUGUACAAACGAAAACCAUUGCCGGAAGACGUAAUGCUAUUGACUCAUAGUUCAUCGUCACAGUAAUCGAUAAACUCGUCUGAUUGAUAUCAUACUAUUCAACAAUGGCUGUAAUACUGAUUACCCUCUCAUACAAAUCUACUAAAGUAACCGUACUUAAGAGUGCUAAGAAACGCAACCGAACGGCGCUAUUAUAGAUACGAUAUAUACCACAGAUUAUUUAAUUAUCGUUAUUCUUAAAACUGGAUUGCGGAAAUAAAUGAAUGUAUUUUUAUGCGCACCUUACUUCAUCACCUGCAGCUUGAUAUGCACUCUUAUUUUGCUUCGACAUCGUACUUUUCGACGGUUGGAAGUUGUUGUUGGAAUGAUGUAACUGAAACUACACAAUAAAAAAAAUAACGAUAGCUCAAAUAUAUCAUAAAACAGCUAGUGUAAAUAUGUAGGAGAUCUUUAUUUAUAGGAACGUUUUCCAUGUUUUAAGAGCAAGAAGUGCUGUGUUUCCAAAUGAUUUUGAAUUUUAUUUGAUUCUAAUAAAAUAUAACCUUGAUGUGAA